AUGAGUCACGCUGAGCGGGUUCGCUACAUCAAAACUGUAAAAACAGCCUCCACUAGCCCAGGAUACAAACCACGAUACGACAAACUUCUAAGACUACACAAAACGAUCUUUUAUGGCCAUAAAAUCCACGCAAAAGACUUCUUCCUUCCCUGGCAUCGCUGGUUCUUAUUACAAUAUGAAAAUUUGCUUCGGCAGAUCGAUUGUCGCGUCACUGUUCCGUACUGGGAUUGGAGCCUGGUAGCUGGCGAUCCUUGGUCGAGCUCAAUAUGGAACACUGGUGGCAGUGGCUUUGGUGGAAACGGGGUACCAGAAGGAAGAUGUGUUAAUACUGGUCCUUUUAAGCGUGAGGUGUGGUCACUUCCUGCAAGCGCUGGUGGAAGUUGUUUAAGAAGAAACUUUAAUGACAACGUACGGGACGCAAUCACCGUUGCAAAUGCAAUUUCUAUUUUGUCACAUUUCCACGACUUCGAAACUGUAUUGCGACUUGACCUCCAUAACCGUGUUCAUUGCUCUAUCGGCGGAACGAUGUGCACCGAUAAUUCAGCGACGGCUCCUGAAUUUUUCCUUCACCACGGAUUCAUCGAUAAAAUCUGGUGGGAUUGGCAGAAAAAGAGCGACACACGCAAGUUCCACGACUACUUCCGAAACCAAGCCGAGACCAUGUCAUCCACGUCUUAUCAUUCUCGAGACUUGCUGGAUUUGAACGCCCAACCCGGCUGUGUGUGUGCUGAAUAUGUCAACCCCAGGAGCGCCGCGUAUAGGAACGUUCAAGGUUUGUCUCAAGGAUACUUUUGA